AAGGUUAUUGCAUGCGUUACAUGGGAAAAUACCACAUAAAAAGACCUUAAAGUCAAUUCAAGGAAGAAUGUAAAUAAUAAAUUGUGACCAGGGGCGGACUGACAACUCAUGGGGCUCCCGGGCAAUAGGGGAUCAUGGGGCCCCUAUGUCCUUGCCCAAACUCGAAAAAGCCUAUAAAAAAGGUACCAGGGGAAUCUCAUGGGCCCCCUACUGACCCCGGGCCCUCGGGCAGUGCCCGAGUUUCCAAA